AGAUGCAGAAGGAAAAGGACGAGAGGGACAUUCAGGGAUCAAAUCCAAAACUCGGAUGGCUUCCGGGACUGUCCCUGGAAAAUUGGGACACCAUGAGGGCCCCAGCAGCCCUCCUGACAUGGGAGCAGCAGCAGCCCGGCCGCAUGACUCCAUCUUUGCUCUCCUGCAUCUUUCCAAAAGGGUGACCGGGAAAGCAGCUGACGUCAUUCCUUCAUUUAUUGCACUCCAAGAAACAUAUUGACCUUGGGUCACCCACUCCAAGCUCUUUCCCCCCUGCUUUAGAUAAGAGGAGUGUGACCUUUCCGGGUGGUUGUUGUCCAAAUGCCCGUUGGAUCGUGGGCCAAGGCAAAUGCCUCCUCUGUUUGGACAACCACAACACCUCCUUGUGUUGCACAGGGAGCCAUUGGGGCAGCUGUUCCCAUGCCAACAACAACCUUGUUGUAUCUGCAGCUGCAAACGUGGCUGGUGGGCGAGAAAGGACGGCGGGUGGACUUGAUGCAAGCGUUUCAGGGGGUGUGGCAGGGAGAGAGUAAAGCUCUACAAAAGCCAGGAAGCGUGCAUGCCUUGAGCUAACUUGUCUCAGAAUAUCCUCUUACCGAGAAGCGAGAAAGCAGAGACGCAAGAUGAAGUUCUGGGUGACUGGUUUGGGUCUUGCCUUCCUCUACGCUGCCCAUGCUACGCGUUAUGACUUUAAAAAGUGUGACCCAAAUAAGAAAUUCCCAAAGACCUGGUACACACAGAUCUUCGCCACUAACAGCACCCUGCUUUCCGACUAUUUAGAUGGAAUGAGCAUGGUGGCUGCCAACUUAACAAUCACGAAGGGUGGAAACUUCAAUGUCUCUUCCACUUUGCCAACGCCCUACGGCUGUCUCAAAAUGGAUAUGGCCUUUACCCUAGGGGAAGAUGGAAAGUAUACCUGCAAUAGCGAAUGGGGUAAAGGCGUCGUCCUAGAUGGGCAGACAGAUUGUAAGAGCUACUGCGUUGUCACGGCUGCACACACACGGGAUGGCGUCAUGUCCGUUUAUUUGACACUUUAUGGUAUUGGAAAAAUUCCCACGCGAGAGUCCAAGCAGAUCUUUGCAAAACAGUUCGCAAAAUUGGGCUUGGAAGAGAAGUAUUUGGUACAAUUUCCUCCAGAAGUGGCCUGUGCAGACUAAAGGCAAUAGGUAACAAAAGUCAAUGGGACAGCAGAUCAGAUGAUACCACCUGCUGCUUUUCCUGCACAAUCCCCUUGUGGGCUUUGCUAAACUCCUGGGGCAGAAGACCCCUCUUGCUCUCAAUAAAUAGAUCGAGAAACAGCAGCUUAUAUUUUUGUCUGUAUGUGCCAGAAGGGCAGAGGUGGUUUAAGAGGGUGGGGAGGUACAACAGGGC